AACCAAAUACAGCACAUCCUUGUUCUCUAACGCAACAUUUAGAUAAGACACAGCGGUGGAGCAUGGAAGGUUCAACGUCAAAGAAAAAUAAACUCUUUUCCGGAGAGGGUGAAGAAAAAAUCAAUUGGAAAAAACGGAAAGCAGAAAAGAAAGAACAGAAGAGGAGAUGGAAGGAGGCCAAGCUGAUUCAGCAGCUGGAGAAACAAAACCAGACAAAGGAGGAAGAGAUGAAGCAGCAGCAGUCUCAGGCCGAGGAGGAGGAGGAGGAGAAGAAGACUAAAGGUCGUUUGUACACAGUAAGUGUCGCUCUGCCAGGCUCCGUUUUGGAUAACGCACAGUCACCUGAACUCCGCACUUACCUGGCUGGACAGAUUGCUCGUGCCUGCGCUGUUUUCUGCGUGGACGAGGUCAUUGUGUUUGAUGAGCAGGGAGAGGAUGCCAAGGGAACUGUCGAGGGAGAGUUUAAAGGAGUUGGGAAGAAAGGUCAAGCGUGUGUUCAGCUGGCCAGGAUCCUGCAGUUCCUGGAGUGUCCACAAUAUUUGCGGAAGGCGUUCUUCCCCAAACACCAUGAUCUGCAGUUUGCUGGUCUGUUGAACCCUCUGGACAGCCCACAUCACAUGCGUAUUGAUGAGGAGGCAACAUUCAGAGAGGGUGUGGUUGUGGAUCGACCUUGUAAAGCGGGAAAAGGGUCUUUCGUCAACUGUGGGAUGAGAAAGGAAGUUCAGAUAGAUAAGCAGCUUCAGCCUGGUCUGAGGGUGACUGUACGACUUAAUAAAAACCAAAACACAGAGAGCAGGGUGUAUAAAGGAGUGGUCGUGGCUCCUCAUGUUCCCAGGACAGAAGGUGGGCUGUACUGGGGCUACAGCGUACGUCUUGCUUCCUGCCUCAGUGCUGUAAUGACUGAGUGUCCAUUUAAAGAAGGCUAUGAUCUGACUAUUGGAACAUCGGAAAAGGGCAGCAAUGCUGAUGAUACCACUCUUCCUCCAUUCAGGCAUCUCUUAGUGGUUUUUGGUGGGCUUCAGGGUCUGGAAGCGAGUGUUGAUGCUGACCCCAACCUGGACGUAAGUGACCCCAGUGUGCUCUUUGACCUCUACCUCAACACCUGUCCUGGCCAGGGCAGCCGCACCAUCCGCACCGAGGAGGCCAUAUUGAUCUCCCUGUCAUCAUUACGACAAAAAAUUGCCACUGCUUUAUCUGACCAGGCUAAACGAUAAUGGCAGGAAGCGACAUCACACAUUGGUGAGAAGACGAGCGCAGUGGUGCAGAACCUGUAAGGGAAAGAAUAUUUCGUCUACAAAUGUGUUUUAGACCCAGCCACUGGACUUGCGGAAUAUACUGGACUGUUAUUGUUAUAUUGUUAAUAUCAUUUUGCUAUUCCACACACACACACACACACACACAAAUAUUACUAAUACAAUUUAAUAACAAAAAAAAGACACUGAGGCUUGUGUUGUUUUUUUAUUGGUUUUUU